CAAGAAGGCCAGGGCACGUGGUGGUAUCUACCGCCGCAGCCCGCUUCUGGGCAGUACGAGUCCUUCCAGAGUCCGUAUGCCAUGUCAUAUAACCCUCCAAAUACACGCGAGGGCGAACAGCCCCAGCAGUAUGGACAGCCGUCCGGCUCCUCUUCUGUCGCGCCGAUGUUCCCUAUGUCGGCGGCGCUUCAAUCCGGCCCAAGUCCAGGCCCGACCACGCCUCCAGGAGGGCAGAUCCCGUACACGUCUCCGCCAUUCAGUCCAGCGCAGGGCCAGUUCAGCCAUCUGAUACCGGACAAAUCACUGCCGUUACCGCGCGGACGACCGCCAGAGCAAGGGUCGGCGAACCUGUCUCCGGCCAGCUCCAGUAGUCGACCAACUGCUGAGCGCCCGCCACCGGCCCGACGACCGUAUCACCCCAAUCCGCCAGCCCAUCGCUCGGAGUGGGUGAUGUGGACAGGGAACGUGCCCUCGGACGCGACGCACGACGAGCUCUGGCGGUUCUUCAACUCACCGCCCUCCCCUGGUUCUUCGGUCGGACCGAUGUCUACGCAGAGCGCACCCGCCGGACCUAUCGGUUCAACCGCGACAGGGUCUACGUCGACGGCUUCGUCCGACUCUCUGUAUGGCGGCGUCUCCUCCAUUUUCCUCAUCGCGCGCUCGAACUGCGCCUUCGUCAACUUCCAGUCCGAGCCCCAUCUGCAGGCCGCGAUCAAGCACUUCAACGGUCUUCCCCUGCGGCCGAGCGAUCCACGCUGUCCGCGGCUCGUCUGCCGCGUCCGUGCGCGAGAAGACGACUUGAAGGCGGGAGUCGGCGGCCAGCGGGGCUCCGGCAUACACAUGAGGUGGGUGCGAGACAAGAGGGAGCGCGAUCGCGCGGAGCGGCGUGAGUCGACGUCGGAGUCGGAUCGCAUCACGACGCCGUCGAGUUCACCGACGGACGCGGCGCCCAUGCUCGCGGGGCUCUCGCUCUCCAGCGACGAGGAGGGCGUUCGCGGGCAUCGGCGCAAGCCGGAGCCGCACUCGAGCAGUUCAGGCUCGUACGCGUCGACCAACUCGGGCAUUCUCACCGCGUACUUCCCCAAGCGCUAUUUCAUACUCAAGUCGCUGACCCAGUUCGACUUGGACUUGAGUGUGGAGAAGGGCUUGUGGGCGACGCAGCGGCAUAACGAGGGCAUUCUGGACCAGGCCUUCCGUACCAGUAAAGAAGUCUACCUCAUCUUCAGCGUGAAUAAGAGCGGCGAGUUUUACGGAUAUGCGAAGAUGGCAGGUCCAAUCACCCGUGGGGAGCAGCGCGUACCCUGGGCCUCCCGAACAGACGCUUCUUUGCCGCGCCGCUCAUCCACCCAGUCGUCGGACAGCCCAACCGCGGCGCGCCAUGACAGGGCCCCCCUGUACUUCUCCCCCAGCGAACAGCGCUAUGGCGAAUCGCCGUUUGAAUUGUCGCCUGAGACCUCGACGCGACCGCCUCCAUCCUCCUCGCGGGGUCUGGACCUUCACGAGCGUGCGUCCGCACCAGCGGAGAUGUUCCAGCCACACCGUAACCUGAGUAUGGUUAGUGGAGAACGUGGCCAGACCGCACUAAGCGCGGAUCCGCAGGGAGGGAUACGCCCGGCCGCGCCCGUCAUCGCGAGUGCAAGCCGAUCCAAGGCGCUCUCGCAGCCGGAGGAGAUUGAGCUUGACCCGGCGGCGCCCCUCCGUGCGAUACGCAACCCCACACCCGCCGAAGCGCGCAAGUCAGAGGACAGCGCCUUGCGUACGGUCGCCGAGGAGGACGAGCGCCCACACGCCGAGGACUCCCGCGACAAGGGCAAAGGCGUUGCGCCGUCGGACGAGCCCUCACCCGCGGAGCGGCACCAGGAGGACGGCCCCGUAUGGGGGGAGCCGUUCAAGGUGGAGUGGAUCCGCUCGCACCGGCUGCCGUUCACGCGCACGAGGCACCUGCGCAACCCGUGGAACCACGAUCGGGAGGUGAAGGUGUCGCGCGACGGGACGGAGCUGGAGCCCGCGGUCGGACAGCUGCUCCUCGAGGAGUGGGACAAGGUCGAGCAGCCGCCGUCGCAGCCGCAGACCCCGGGCGCCGCUGUCGACGUCGGGCGGCGGCUGCACGGCAAGGCGUCGAUCUCGGUCGACGUGCUCCCGGGCGCGCCGCCGGCACCGCGGGAGGGACGAUGAGGACGGCGCUGGGACGGGGCCGGACGGACGCUCGACCGGAUCGGAUCGCCGCUGCACCCCCUUUUCAAAAACGAAUCAUUCACGAAACGACUCACCGCUGCUUGGCAGCGCCACCACCGCACGCACGCACGCACGCACGCAUACACGAUCGCACGCACGCACCGCACGCUUUACUUAUAAUAUUCUACACUACUCACGGCGCCCCGCCGCGCGCGCCGCCCGUUACACACGCUUUGGGCCGCGCGCGGCGCGAGACGAUCACUGCUCUCUGCUUCAUUCCAUUUCGGGCUGGGAUUUUAUUUUGAAUACACAUCCGUCAUCAUCACACACACCACAGGGCUUUCUCUCGCUGCAUUUUGGGUCGACUGUUGCACAUUCCGUCUUGUUCGCUGUUCCGUUAUCUGGCUGUAACGCGCUCGCUCUGUGGCUCGCCUCGCUCUGGCACCUGCUUCUUUGCCCCACACCCCCACCCC